AUGCUCUUGCAAUUUGAGGAAAAGAAGAUUUUCUCCAUCUACGGGCACUACCCAGUGAUACGGGCCACCCUUCGAAGAAAGGGCUGGGUGGAGAAGAAGUUCCACUUUCUGCCCAAGGUCGUCCCAAAUGCAGACGAUGACAGUGCGGGGGUGCCUGAACAUAAAUGUGCUGAAGGCAAAGAAAACCAAGAAGAGGCUUUGGAGAAGACAGAUGACAUCCAUGAUGUGAUGUCCAGGUUGGUAAAAAACGAAAUGCCGUACUUCCUCUGGACUAUCAAAAGGGACGUCAUUGACUAUCACAGCCUGAGCGGUGACCAGAUGCUGAAUCACUACGGGAGGACAGCUUCCUUCACCACCAAGAUCGGGCUGUGUGUGAACAUGAGGAGCCUGCCAUGGUAUGUCCAAGCCAACCCUGACUCCUUCUUCCCACGCUGUUACUGCCUCUGCACUGAGAGCGAGAAGCAGGAGUUCCUGGCUUCCGAGAAUGCCAAAUCCAAGCUCACGGGCCUCUCGGGACAGCUCGUGGACACUGCGUGCAAGGUGUGCCAGGCCUACCUGGGGCAGCUGGAGCACGAGGACAUCGACGUCUCUGAGGACGCCACCAAGGACCUCACGGAGGAUGAGUGGAAGGACCUGACAGAGCAGUACUACUCCCUCAUUCAGUAA